AUGGACGGGCUUUUCUCCAUCCCCAUAUUAUCGGUCUUCUUGGUCCCCGUCCUGUCAACCUAUAAGACCAGUCUCAACCUUCUCUUCUUUUACAUGACUUGGAGUACGCUGGUUUUGUCGCAUUCUCGGCUCCGUAUUGAAUUGUGCGCCACAAUUGGCGUGCGCUUCAUCUUCUAUGUGUUACCAUCCGUUGUCUUUUUUCUCUUCGAUGUUAUGGCUCCAGAAGCCGCAGUCCACAUCAAGGCGCAUGGCACAGUGGGUUUACCUGGUGGAAAGAAGCGACGUAAUAUCAGCGCGAAGGAAUUCAAGGUUGCUGCGUGGUCACUGUUCAAUCUGUGUCUUGGUAUCACCAUGCAAUGGCUUCUUGAGUCAACAAUUAUCAGGAUAUUAGGAAAGCGCAGUGUGCUGAGCUCGUCACUGAAGCUGCCCAUGCCAGUUGAGAUCUGUAAAGAUUUAAGCCUAGCGCUGAUUGCACGAGAAGUGCUGGCCUACUGCCUUCAUCGCUGGUUCCUCCACUCGGACGACUAUAUGUUCUUUGCUACAUGGCACCAACGUUGGCAUCAUGAGUUGACUGCUCCAUACCCAUUGACCGCGCAUUAUGACCACCCAGUUUGCUAUCUAUUAUUCAAGUUCAUCCCGACAUAUGCACCAGUUAUAGCCUGCCGUUUCCAUAUGGUUACUUAUCUGUUCUAUCUAUUGCUUAUCUCUGUCGAGGAGACUUUCGCAUACUCUGGAUAUACUAUCAUGCCGACAAACUUCCUUCUGGGUGGGAUGGCCCGUCGCACGGAUUUGCAUUUGCUGGUGGAUUCCCCAGGCAAUUAUGGCCUAUGGGGGGGUAUGGAUUGGUUGCUUGGUACUAUCAUCCGUGAAUCCGAAGAUGAGGAUGAUGAGGGCGACAACACACCGAGUAUCCCGGCACAGAGGAGGGUCGUACCUGCGGUUCCUGCGGCCCCGGUCAGGGCCAGACGACGAUAG